AUGUCUCCAAUCCCAACCGCCCUCAUCACAGCAGGCAGCGCAGGCCUCGGCGCCGCGACAGCCAAACUCUUCGCCCGCAACGGCUACAGCGUCGUCAUAAACUACGCGAACAACAGCGACCGCGCGGACGCCCUGGUCAAGGAACUCGAGUCCCUCUCGUCCACCUCCCCUUCUUCCACAGAAGGAGGCCAAAGGCAGCGCUUCCACGCCAUCAAAGCGGACCUCUCCUCCCGCGCCGAGACCUCCGCUCUCGUCGAGAGCGCGGCCGACGCCCUCGGCGGCCGCCUCGACGUCCUCUUCUCCAACGGCGGCUGGACGAGGCUCCGCGACAUCGCGGACCUCGACGACAACGUCGACGAGGACGACUGGGACCGCUGCUUCAACAUGAAUGUGAAGUCGCACCUGUUCCUCAUGCACGCCGCGCGGCCGUACCUCGACGAGGCCGAGGGCGCGUUCAUCACGACGGCGUCGCUGGCCGGUGUCAAAGUCAGCGGGAGUUCACUGGCCUACGCCGUCACGAAAGCAGCCCAGAUCCACCUCGUAAAAGGCCUCGCGUUAGCAGCGGGCCCGAGAAUAAGAGUAAACAGCGUCUCUCCAGGCCUCAUGUUGACGGAAUGGGGCCUACAGUUCCCGCAAGAGAAACAACAGGCCGCCCGGGACAGGACGCCGCUCAAGCGCCUCGCCACGGUCGACGAUGUGGCCGACCAGGUGCUGUGCUUCGCCAGGAGCAGGAGCGUCACCGGCGCUAACGCCGUCAUUGACGGGGGGCUCAGUAUUUGA